AUGGCAACCUCCACAGUGAUUCUGCUCGUCUGCCUACUGGGCACACUUAACACAGUCCAGUGUCAGCACGAAGAGGCAAAUCCAGAGGAUGUUGAGAACAAUGGCGAAAUUGACAGCAUCCCUGUGGAGGAAAACUACACAGUGUCCGCUCUAAUUGAAAGGGCCAACAAGAAUGCAGGGCAGGAACUUGAUGAUCCGGAGAUCGUGGAGGGUGAUAUUGCCGUGUACACUGGGCUCCAGAACGCUGACCCUUGCACCUCCCGUGGCUGCAAAUGGCAACGCUCCAGUAAUGGCAAUGUCUAUGUUCCAUACGUCAUCGCCAAUCAGUUCUCCCAAAGGGAGAGGGCCAUCAUUGAGAAGGGCCUGCAGUCUUUUGCCCAGUCCACCUGCAUCCGCUUCACAAGACGCACAUCGCAGAAAGACUAUGUUAACAUCCAGUCACGCUCAGGGUGCUGGUCCUACGUCGGGCGUAGAGGUGGAGAGCAGGUGGUGUCCCUGGCUAGGAGUGGGUGUGUUUACCACCAGGUAGUCCAGCACGAGCUGCUGCACGCCCUGGGCUUCGACCACGAGCAGUGUCGCAGCGACCGUGACUCACACGUCCGUAUUCUCUAUCAAAACAUCAUCAGGGGACUAGAGUACGCCUUCAAUAAGAUUAAUACCAACAACCUGGGUACUCCCUAUGACUACGGCUCAGUCAUGCAAUACGGUCGGUAUGCCUUUUCCCGCAACAGGCAGCCCACCAUCGUCCCCAUUCCCGACCCCAAUGCAGUCAUCGGGAAGGCCUCCGAGAUGAGCCGCUUUGACAUCAUGCGAGUCAACCGUCUCUAUGGAUGCAGCAGGUAGCAUCAUUGCUCACCCCACGGCCUUACUGCGAAUGAAUGGCGCCAUAGCUGGCAACAUGAACACAUCGCUCUAGGCCUUCACCAUAAGAAGUGGCUUUUCCAGCUCAAUUGCAUAAAUGAAUGCAGGAUGUUUGAAUAAACAGUUUAAUUGUGUGAGUUUGUUACUAGAAUGUUUUGUAGUCUAAUACUACAACUACAUUAACCAAAACCUUUAUAGCAUAAAAUUAUUCAAUUGUAAAGCCUUUAAGCUGAAGCCAAUAAAGUUGCUUUAAGGGAAA